UCAAACAGGCACUGUGCAUGGCGCCGGGUGAUGACGUCACCAACGUACGACUUACGUUGGUCUGUGCGAGGACCGCGCGGUGCAUGGUUUGGAAACAGUACGAGGAAUUUCUUUGAAACAACAAUAAAAUCACCGCAGGCAUAAAGACUCGUAUACAGCGCUUGUCAGCAUGGAGACGGAUCUUUAUGAUGAGUUUGGAAACUAUAUAGGACCGGAGCUGGACUCUGAUGAAGAUGAGGAACUGGAUGCAGAGGACCGGGAGGCUGAUGAGGCAGAUGAGGAGGAUGAUGAUGAAGACCAGGCUGAGGUUGAUGAGGAGGGUGGUGGUAUGGAGGUGGUUUUGCAUGAGGAUAAAAAGUAUUAUCCCACAGCUGAGGAGGUUUAUGGUCCUGAGGUGGAGACUAUCGUCCAAGAAGAAGAUACACAACCAUUGACAGAGCCCAUCAUAAAACCUGUAAAGUUGAAGCGGUUUACUCUGAUGGAGCAGGAGCUUCCAGUCACAGUCUAUGACAUGGAGUUCCUUGCUGAUUUGAUGGACAGCUCAGAACUGAUCAGAAAUGUCACUUUGUGUGGACACUUACACCAUGGCAAGACAUGCUUUGUGGACUGCCUCAUUGAACAGACUCAUCCUGAAAUCCGCAAGAGAGAUGACAGUGAUUUACGAUACACAGACAUCCUCUUCACGGAGCAAGAGAGGGGAGUUGGCAUCAAGAGCACUCCUGUAACCAUGGUGCUACCUGAUUCACGGGGCAAAUCCUACCUCUUCAACAUCAUGGACACGCCAGGUCAUGUGAAUUUCUCUGAUGAAGUGACAUCAGCUGUCAGACUGUCUGACGGCAUUGUGCUUUUUAUCGAUGCUGCCGAGGGGGUGAUGCUGAACACUGAGCGACUGAUCAAGCACGCAGUGCAGGAGAGGUUGGCCAUCACUAUCUGUAUUAAUAAAGUAGAUCGUCUGAUCGUGGAGCUCAAGCUGCCCCCUACUGAUGCCUACUACAAACUUCGCCACAUUGUGGAUGAGGUCAACGGCUUGCUGAGCACAUACUCCACAGAUGAGUCUCUGAUUGUGUCUCCCCUGUUGGGAAACGUGUGUUUCGCUUCCUCGCAAUACAGCAUCUGCUUCACUCUUGGCUCCUUCGCCAAAAUCUAUUCAGACACCUACGGUGAUAUCAACUACAUGGAGUUCGCUAAAAGACUGUGGGGAGACAUUUACUUCAACCCCAAAACGAGGAAAUUCACAAAGAAAGCCCCUAACAGCAACUCUCAGCGCAGCUUUGUUGAGUUUGUGCUGGAGCCGCUGUACAAGAUUCUUUCACAGGUGGUGGGGGAUGUGGAUACGUCUCUGCCUCGUGUCUUGGAUGAGCUCGGCAUUCAUCUGACCAAAGAGGAGUUAAAGCUUAACAUCAGACCUCUGCUGCGCCUCGUCUGUAACCGCUUCUUUGGAGAGUUUACAGGCUUUGUGGACAUGUGUGUGCAACACAUACCUUCUCCUCAAGGGGGUGCCAAAGCCAAGAUAGAGCACAGCUACACAGGUGGACUGGAUUCAGACCUCGGAGAGACAAUGUCUGAGUGUGACCCUGAUGGUCCACUGAUGUGCCACACCACUAAGAUGUACAGCACAGAUGACGGCGUUCAGUUCCACGCAUUCGGUCGAGUCCUGAGUGGAACCCUGCAGGCGGGCCAGCCGGUGAAGGUUCUGGGAGAGAACUACAGCCUGGAGGAUGAAGAGGACUCCCAGAUCUGCACUAUUGGACGUCUGUGGAUUUCUGUCGCUAGGUAUCAGAUUGAAGUGAAUCGUGUUCCUGCUGGUAACUGGGUGCUGAUUGAGGGCUGCGACCAGCCUAUUGUUAAAACGGCCACAAUCACAGAGCCUCGUGGAAAUGAAGAGGCUCAGAUCUUCAGGCCAUUGAAGUUUAACACUGCGUCAGUGAUAAAAAUAGCUGUGGAGCCGGUCAAUCCCUCAGAACUGCCCAAGAUGUUGGAUGGACUCAGAAAAGUCAACAAGAGUUAUCCUUCACUUACAACAAAGGUGGAGGAGUCAGGUGAACAUGUGAUUCUUGGCACAGGUGAGCUGUACCUGGACUGUGUAAUGCACGACCUGCGGAAGAUGUACUCUGAGAUUGAUAUUAAGGUAGCUGAUCCUGUGGUGACUUUUUGUGAGACUGUGGUGGAGACAUCCUCCCUAAAGUGUUUUGCUGAAACACCCAAUAAAAAGAAUAAGAUCACCAUGAUUGCUGAGCCGUUGGAGAAAGGUCUAGCUGAAGACAUUGAGAACGAGGUGGUGCAGAUCACAUGGAACAGGAAAAAGUUGGGAGAGUUUUUCCAGACCAAGUAUGACUGGGAUUUGCUAGCAGCUCGUUCCAUCUGGGCUUUUGGACCUGACACGACAGGGCCCAACAUCUUAGUAGAUGACACUUUGCCCUCUGAGGUAGAUAAAGCUCUCCUCGGCUCAGUGAAGGACAGCAUUGUACAGGGCUUCCAGUGGGGCACACGUGAGGGUCCUUUAUGUGAUGAACCAAUCCGCAACGUGAAGUUUAAGAUCCUAGAUGCCGUGAUUGCACAGGAACCGCUGCACAGAGGAGGAGGACAGGUCAUUCCUACAGCUCGCAGAGUCGUCUAUUCUGCCUUUCUCAUGGCCACGCCCAGGCUGAUGGAGCCCUAUUACUUUGUGGAGGUUCAGGCGCCUGCUGACUGCGUUUCUGCUGUGUACACGGUGCUGGCACGCAGGAGAGGUCAUGUGACGCAGGAUGCCCCAAUCCCUGGCUCUCCUCUCUACACUAUCAAGGCUUUCAUUCCAGCUAUUGACUCGUUUGGCUUUGAAACCGAUCUCCGCACACACACGCAGGGCCAGGCCUUUGCGCUCAGUGUGUUCCACCACUGGCAGAUUGUUCCCGGUGAUCCUCUGGAUAAGAGCAUUGUGAUUCGUCCUCUAGAGCCUCAGCCAGCCCCUCAUCUGGCCAGAGAGUUUAUGAUCAAAACCCGCAGGCGCAAAGGAUUGAGUGAGGAUGUCAGUAUCAGCAAGUUCUUCGAUGACCCUAUGUUGUUGGAGCUAGCCAAACAGGAUGUGGUGCUGAACUACCCGAUGUGAUGAGACAAAUGAACUUAACUUAUCCCAUCAUUCCCCUUCAGCUUCACUGGACUUGCCCCUACUACAAAUCAAUCCAGUUCUCUUUGAUGGAAUAUAAAAAAUGUUUUUUAUAUGCAUAGUGCUAGAAACAACACAGAUUUGUUGCCGUCACCCCAGACUCCCCUAAAUUAACCUGUGAUCUCCAUGUGCAUCCUUACAGUCUUGCUCUGUUUAUUUUUAUAUUUGACAAGUGUUUUUGUAGUAUAACAUGAUGCGAAGGACAGGCAAGUCUUUUUGAAAUAUGUCUGAAGUCUCUUUAAAAUCUUACAUCAUUUUUGUAAGUGUGAUUAAAAGGAUUUGGCCUGUG